AGGCAUACACGUGAUCAUAUCUCUCGUGAAGAUUAUUGUGAGCGAAACCUCUUGAAGCGUUCUGUGCUUACGAAUAUACGGCGGUCUUGUGAAGUUCGCCGUUACUACUGUAGGCUGAUGUGAGCAUUGGCUGAUACAUAAAAAAAUGAAUACAGUCGCUCCAACGCACGACUUCGAUCCAGUAAUUUUAAAAGGAUUUCGUUUGCUCAUGUCGAAACGGGAAGAAUCUGCCGUUGAACUUCGACAGCUGUUCGAAGAUCUGGUUGCUCAACGACUCACGAGUGGAAAACAGGCUGGCAAGGUGGAUAGCUUGAAAUCCUUCUCACAUGUUUCAAAAACCAUGAAAUCAGUCGAAGGAAAUAAGCGUCUUCUGGAGAAGUCCAGCGAAGAGUCCGGAUCCAGUUCGAAACGGCUUAAAACAUCGGAAGACUCCUCAACGUCGAAAGUAUCGAAUAAAGUCAAGCUUCCGCAGACUUCUCCUGGAAGCGGCGACGGCGACUUCACCAUGGAUUAUGUACUACGUACUCUCGUUGGAGUCUACUGUGAUGUUUGCAAAAAAGCUGAACCCACACAAUUGCUGGAGUGCAACACUUGCAAAAAGAUGUAUCACCAGGAUUGUCAUCAACCGAAUGCCCUGGCCCGUGAAGCCUAUGAUCCACGUAAUGUGUGGUAUUGCAAUAAAUGCAAGUCCUCAAAUACGUCGAAAGUAAAGCCUACCAGUUCUGCUCAGGGAAGUGCAAAACCAGCGAGUCGUUCUGUUCUGUCAUCGAGUGAUCGAGAGAAGUCAUUAUCUUCGAAAGACAAGCUGUCAAAAGAGAAGAAAGCAUCCAGUGGAAGUAGCAAAUCUUCCAAGACUCCGUUUGUUAAUUUAACUGCCGGACGAUCAACAUCCUCGGGAUCUUCCUCGUCUCAUCCGAAAACUGCCUUGAUAGAUGCCCAGAAAAGGAUGGAAAAUAUGAAAAAGAAGGCCGCGGAAAAACGGAAAAUCUUAUAGCUUUUCCGGAUUUAAAUCAGUUUUUUGUCUGCUGGGUUCUUGCAAGAAUGUGAUAAAAGUAUGUUUUCUGAGGAUGUCGCCGAAGUGUGUUUUUGAAAAUGAGCACGAAGUGAAGUAUGCCACAUUUACUUAUUUGGAAAGCAACCUCUGUGUUGCUUUGACUUCCAUUAUUUGUUCAUCAUCUGAAUCGGGAACACGGGUAUUAGUGAGUUCCUCUGAAGGAAGAUUCACAAUACUUCAUAUCCAUUCGUAAAAGUAUCAGAAAGUGAAGAACUGAAGAAACCUUCGAUACCAUCAUUUGAGUUUUAUUGGGUUUGCUUAAUUCAGAAGACAUAGAAUGUUGAGGAAACUGAAGUAUUUUUUAUGAGACCAGCAAAUCUUGAGUUUGAGCAUGAGCCACUGAGGUUUAAAGUUGUUCGUGGCCAAAAAUCCUCUUUUCUAUUGCUGCUGCUUUCAUUGUUCAGUGUUUGGAACCGAGGCUGUUGAAUGGAGAUUGAG